AUGGGUGAAGAUGGCAUCAACACGAAUGUUGGUAAUGCAGGUGGACAACUCUCAGGAGGCUAGAAAUAGAGGAUUGCUAUUGCCAGAGCAUUUAUCAAGAAACCAAAGAUUCUACUUCUUGAUGAAGCUACAAGUGCUCUUGAUAAAAGAAAUGAGAAUGAAGUGCAAGGUGCUAUUGAUAAAAUCAGUCAGGAGUUGGGUUCGAUUACCACAAUAGUGAUUGCUCAUAGGCUCUCUUCAAUCAUUAAUUCAGAUAAGAUCAUUGUGAUGCAUAAAGGUAAGAUCAUUGAAAUAGGAAAUCACUAGACUUUACUCCAAAACUAUCCAGAAGGAACAUAUGCUAAGUUCGUAAAAGAGCAGGAGUAAAGUGAGGACAGAAAACAAGAAUUGGAUGUUUAAGGUGAUGAGCCAUAAAUUACAGAAAAAAAUGAGUAAGUAAAGGAAGCAAGACUUUCAGAAGAAAGCAAAUAGCAACUUAUUCUAGAUAAAGAAGAAUAAGAGAUGAAGACUAAGUAGGAUGAUGUUGAUAAAAUAGAAGACGAUGAGUUUGAAGCAUUCAAGAAAGAACUAGCUAAGAAAAACAAUUUCAUGAGAUUAGUCAAGAUUAGUCAGCCAAGAGUAAAUAUUCUCAUUGGACUUUUCGUGUCUAUGUGCUAGGGUAUGAUCAUGCCUUGGUUCGGAAUACUGUUAGCCAAGAUGCUAUUUGUUCUUAAUUACUACUAUGUGCCUCUAGGGAAUGAUGUAAGAUCUGAUUCAAACAUGUACUGCCUGCAAAUACUCAUAGCUGCAUUAAUCUCUUUUUUUACUGGCUUCAUGCAAAAAUUAUGCUUUGGAGUCAUUGGAGAGAAUGUUACUCUUAAAAUCAGAGAAGGACAGUACAGUUCAGUAUUGCAAAAACAUAUUGGGUACUUUGAUCAAAAGGAAAAUGCACCAGGUGUUAUUUCUGCUUCAAUGGCAUGUGAUGCUUAGAUUAUAAACGGAGUGAGUGCAGAAGGUCUCGCUUCAUCUUUAGAGGCAGCCUUUGCAAUUCUUUCAGGUGUGGUCAUCGGCUUUUUUUUUAACUGGAAAAUUUCCCUAGCUUGCUUGGCUUGUGUUCCAUUUAUGAUCGUUGCAAGUAUUAUGAAUGCUUAAUUCCAGGCAGGCAUGAGCUCAGAUUCUGACUCUGCCUCUAAAGAAGCUAACUUACUAGCUGGUGAUGUCAUUAUAAAUUAUAGAACUGUUGCUUCAUUCGGAAAUGAGGAUCAAAUACUUAAUGAUUAUAAGAAACUUCUAGACGGUCCACUUAAGAUUGCAGCAAGAAAGAACCAUGUAAUUGGAGUUAUCUUCGGAUUCUCUUAAUUUGUGCAGUAUGCUGUUUUCGCUGUACUCUAUUAUGUUGGUGCAGUUAUUAUUCAAAAUAAUUUCGAUAACAAGGAGUUAGACAAAGAUAAACCAGAUGAGGUUUUUAUUGCUAUCUUUACAAUGAUGUUUGGAGCUAUGGCUGCUGGUCAAGCCUAACAGUUUGGUCCUGAUAUUGGAAAAGCAAAAGCUGCUUCAGCUAAAGUAUUCGGUAUGAUGGAUAUUCCCUCGAAGAUCAAUGCUAUUAACUAACCUGGCAGUGAUCUUAUCAAAAUUAACUCAUAAACUUUCAAGGGAGAAAUUGAAUUUAAAAAUGUCUGGUUCAGAUAUCCCACAAGAAAGAAUGAUUGGAUUCUAAAGGGACUUAACAUGAAAAUUAAUUCUAAAGAAACUGUUGCAUUAGUUGGGGAAUCAGGCUGUGGAAAAUCAACCAUCGUAUCUUUACUACUCAGGUUCUACGAUGUCAACUCAGGACUCAUUUUACUUGAUGGUCAAGAUAUUAAAAACUAUGAGUUGAAAUCACUUAGACAAGCAAUAGGAUUAGUUAUGUAGGAGCCAACACUCUUCAAUUAUACUGUACUUGAAAAUAUUCUCUAUGGCCAAGAUUAGGCGAGCAAUUCUGAUAUAAGAGCUGCAGCUGAAGUUGCUAAUGCUUUGGAAUUCAUAGAGACUUAAGAGCUAAACAAUGCACUAGAUGACUCUGCUGAAUCUCUUAUAACAAAAUUCAAGGAAAAUCAAAAGAUUGUUGUAUCAGUAUUGGGUGAGAAUGAGUACAAUGAAGCUUUAGGCCUUCUAGAAGAUUUGAAGAAAGAUGAGAUCAAGUAAGGUAAAUUCCUAGCACAAUAAGGAGAUAUUGAUAGAAGAGUUGAAGACAAGAAAGAUAUUCAAUUGCACAAUGGUUUCACUGUUGAUUGUGGCCUGAGAGGAUGCAAGCUCUCUGGAGGUUAAAAACAAAGAAUCGCAAUUGCCAGAGCUAUUAUAAGAAAACCUAAAAUGCUUAUCCUUGAUGAAGCUACCUCUGCUCUAGAUGAGGCGUCUCAAAGACAAGUUUAAGUAGCUCUCGACAAUAUCAUGAAGAACAGAACUUCUAUAGUAAUUGCUCACAGACUCAGUACUGUUGAGAAAUGUGAUAGAGUCCUUGUUCUUGAGAGUGGUCGACUUGUUGAAGAGGGAGGUUUCCAAGAGCUUAGUUAAAAGGAUGGAGGCAAAUUUGCAUAAUUAGCAUCUGGAAUGCAAAAUCCUAAAUCCAAGAAUCAAUGA